UGGAUACCUAAACCGUGUAACAUACCUUCAUAUUUUCCCUUCUCUAAAGCAUUCCCAAAACCACCAUGUCGACGACCACCGAAGCUUCGGCCGGUAACACGACGCCGACCAAUGAAGAACUCAAAAGGGUGUUCGACCAGUUCGACGCCAACAAGGACGGAUACAUCUCCGUGACGGAGCUCCGCGACGUGUUGAUAGCAAUGGGGUCCAACUACUCGGAGGAUGAGCUCAGGCGCGUCAUGGACGACAUCGACAAUGACAAAGACGGAUACAUCAACUUCUCCGAAUUCUCCACCUUCUGGACCUCGUCCUCCGACGCCGGAACCGCCGUCUCCGAGCUGAAAGAGGCCUUCGACAUGUACGAUGUGAAUGGGAACGGCCUGAUCUCGGCCACCGAGCUGCAUCAGGUUCUGAACCGCCUGGGGAUGUCGUUUACGGUCGAAGAUUGUGUGGGGAUGAUCAAGUCCGUUGAUUCGGAUAACGAUGGUCACGUCAAUUUCGAGGAGUUUAAGAAGAUGAUGAGUGCCUCGUCGGCGUCCGGCAGUGGCGGCGGAUCUAAGCCGUAGGAUUCAAAGGUAGCGUUCCUAGAGAUUUUCUUAGCUUAUUUAUAUAUAUAUAUAUUUAUCCUUCAUCAUCUUCAUAUGUAAUUUGCAGAACUUUACUUUCUUGUUGGGUUCUCUCAGCUUUAUCGAAUCAAAUGAAAACAUCUUCGUUUCCAUUA